AUGAACUCGCCGUCAUCAUCGUCGUCGACGACGGGAGACUCCAGCAGGAUAGCGACGAGGUCUUCCAUUGUGGAGUCAAUUAGGGGAUGCGGCAUGUCAAGUACGCGCGUCGACAAGGAGGAGCUUAGGCGGUGUCUCACAAUGCCGCAGUACCUACGGUCCGCAAUGCGGGACUCUAUUCGGUUGCAGGAUCCCAACGCUGGCGAGGGCGGUUGUAUUCGUGAAGAAGGCGAAGAAAAUGAUGUUGCUCCUCUUACACCAAUGGUUGUUUUCAUUAACCCCCGCAGUGGUGGCCGCCAUGGCUCUGACCUCAUGGAACGGCUCCAGGAUCUCAUGAGUGACGAACAGGUUUUUGAUUUAUUAGAUGUGAAGCCUAAUGAGUUUAUCCAGUAUGGGUUAAGUUGCUUGGAGACAUUAGCUAGUUCUGGUGAUACUUGUGCCAAAGAAACACGUGAGAGAAUAAGGAUAAUGGUUGCGGGAGGUGAUGGUUCAGUUGGCUGGGUAUUAGGAUGUCUCACUGAACUUAACACACAGGGCCGAGAACCAGUUCCUCCGGUAGGAAUCAUACCACUUGGUACAGGAAAUGACCUGUCUAGGUGUUUUGGUUGGGGUGGUUCAUUUCCAUUUGCAUGGAAAGCAGCUAUUAAGAGAACUCUUUACAAGGCUAGUAUUGGUCCAAUUUAUCGUUUGGAUAGUUGGCGAGUUUCACUUUCGAUGCCCGAAGGCACAACUGUUGAUCCACCUUAUUCUCUAAAGCAGACAGAAGAGUUCUCUCUUGAUGAGGGCUUAGAAGUUGAAGGAGAACUGCCCGAGAAAGUUAUAUGUUAUGAAGGCGUGUUCUACAAUUACUUUAGCAUAGGUAUGGAUGCCCAAGUGGCUUAUGGCUUUCAUCACCUGCGUAACGAAAAACCUUACCUUGCCCAAGGACCAAUAGCAAAUAAGCUUAUAUAUUCUGGUUAUACUUGCACUCAGGGUUGGUUCUUCACUCCCUGCACAAGUGACCCAGGUUUUAGGGGACUUAAGAACAUUAUGCGGAUGCAUGUCAAAAAGAUCAAUAGCUCUGAAUGGGAGCUGGUUCCAGUUCCUACAAGUGUAAGGGCAGUAGUUGCUCUGAAUCUUCAUAGUUAUGGAAGUGGGAGAAACCCAUGGGGUACUCUGAAACCUGAAUAUUUGGAAAAGAGAGGCUUUGUUGAAGCUCGAGUUGACGAUGGACUUUUGGAAAUAUUUGGUCUAAAGCAAGGAUGGCAUGCAUCAUUUGUGAUGGUUGAACUGAUCUCUGCAAAGCACAUAGCUCAGGCAACAGCUAUCCGGUUGGAAGUAAGAGGAGGGGAGUGGAAAGAUGCAUAUAUGCAAAUGGAUGGUGAACCGUGGAAACAACCAUUGAGCAAAGACUUUUCGACAUUCGUGGAAAUAAGGAGGGAACCAUUCCAGUCACUUGUGAUUAGUGGAGAAUGA